UUUGACCGAUCUCCCAGUUUUCCCACCAAAUCUCAUGAAAAUACAUAAUUAUUCCUCUUCAAUCGUGUGUGUGUAUCUAAAAUAUAUAUAUAUAUAUAUAUAUAUACCCACAGAUAAACACACUUAUCAUCGACCCUAUACAGACCUGGAAGAUUUCUUUUAGUUUCAUUUGGAAAUCAUUGAGCAUUCAUCAUGUUUUCUCAUCAUCAUUACUUUCUUGCAUGCUUCUUUCUGAGUCUGGGUUUUGGAUCGUCAGAUUAGCAAGUACUUCACAGUAUUAUCAGAGAAUCGGAGAUAAACUGGUCCCUUACCGGAAGAUCAUCGUCGACUGGGCCGGCACCGGAAACUUCACGUCGAUUCAAGAAGCCAUAAACUCAGUCCCUUCCAACAACAGCAAUUGGGUUUCCAUCUACGUCAAGGCAGGCAUCUAUAGGGAAAAACUGAAGAUUCCAGAUGAUAAGCCUUAUUUAGUUCUAAAAGGGGCAGGGAAGAGAAGAACUAUUGUUGUUUGGGAUGAUCAUGAAACAGUGGCACAGAGUCCUGCGUUUACGCUGCUAGCAGAUAAUGUUGUCGUCAGAUGUUUGAGCUUUAGGAAUUCGUACAAUAAUCCAAUUAACAGUAAGAGCCGGGAAACCAGCGGUGGCGGGCAAUGGUGGCCGGAGACAAGGCUUCUUCUUCGGGUAGGCUUCUAUGGUUUACAAGACACAUUGUGGGAUGAGCAAGGAAGGCAUUACUACAAACUUUGCACCAUUCAAGGUGCUGUUGAUUUUAUUUUUGGUGCAGGCCAAUCUAUAUUCGAGAGAUGUUCAAUAUCAGUGAUUGCCGGAGGUUUUAUAACAGCACAAGGAAGAACAAAUCCAAAUGAUGCAAAUGGAUUUGUGUUUAAGGAUUGUCACGUGUUUGAUGGCACGACAUACUUGGGAAGGCCUUGGAGAAGUUAUUCAAGAGUUCUCUUCUACAAAACCAAUAUGUCUAACGUUGUUGAACCAAAGGGCUGGCAGCCUUGGAAUUUUGCUACUAAUGUGAAUCGGCUAACAUUUGCAGAGUACGAGUGUUUUGGUGCUGGGUCUAACACAUCCCAACGAGUGAGCUGGUCCAAGAAUAAGCUUGAUUUAGAAUAUGUGGAGCAAAUGGCUAACAUGAGCUUCAUUGAUUCUGAAGGAUGGCUUCAGAAUCAAAUUUUCUGAUUCUGUUUUAAUUACUUGUAAUUACUGAUUAUUUAGGAUUAGUUUCAUUCUAUUAGCAUUUCAUGGAUUUAUUGGUUCGUUAUUUUCACGAAGAAUAAACAGGACGUGGUGUAAA